UUGGUGGGGCUCGGGAAGUUACUUGGCACUGGCAAUUGUUUGCAAAAGCAGGAGGCGGACGAGGACAAGAAAGAGCCGCGAGCGCUUCAGCUGCGGCCCGCAGCAAAAGAGAAACUUUCCUCGCCUCGAGUCAGUGCAGCGGGAAGGGGCGGGGGAAGAGGGCAGGCAUGUGAGGAGGAGCCGAUCCCGGCAAGGCGCGAUGAAACCUGGGCGGCAAGGAGCCGGCCCUUUUCUCCUCGGCGGCGAUUGUCCACAGCAGCAGCAGCAGCAGCCGCGCGUGGCCGGGCGGCGGCGAGUCCUUUCUCUUUAGUGUUCGGGCGCCGGCGCAGGGAUGGGCAGAUCGCAGGCACUUUGGUGUCUCCUGCUCCUCGUGCUCGCCGCUGCCGGGCGCUGCUGGGCUCAACUGGUCUUGCCCCUCCGAAUGUCUCCCCCGACUGCCCCCAACGCCUCCUUGGUCCCCACGCCUGUGUUGCUGAAGCCGCCAGGCAGCAGCACGGCCACUGGCCAGCCGCAGGAGGCGGCGGCGGCGGGCGGCUUGGCUUUCGCCUCCGAUCCCGGCGGCUCCGUCAACUUCAUGGCUAUGGUGGACAAUCUGCAGGGAGACUCGGGGCGCGGAUACUACCUUGAGCUGAGCAUCGGGACCCCGCCACAGAAGCUAAAUAUUUUAGUUGACACUGGAAGCAGCAAUUUUGCAGUUGCAGGUGCACCAAAUGCAGAUCUGACCACCUACUUCAAUGCAGAAAACUCAAACACAUACAAGUCACUGGGCAUGGAGGUCACUGUUAGAUAUACCCAAGGGAGCUGGACUGGAACUCUAGGCACAGAUGUUAUCACCAUCCAAGGGAUCAACACCACUUGUACUAUCAACAUUGCUAGCAUCUUUCAGUCUGACAAUUUCUUUAUAAAAGGAGUUAAAUGGCAUGGGAUCCUUGGACUUGCUUACGCUGCCUUAGCCAAGCCUUCAAGUUCGUUGAUGACAUUUUUUGAUUCCCUUGUGAGUCAAGUGGAGAUCCCCAACGUCUUUUCCUUACAGAUGUGUGGAGCUGGUUUGCCUACUUCUGGAACUGGUACCAAUGGAGGUAGUCUUAUCCUGGGCGGAAUUGAACCAAGUUUGUAUGAAGGGGAAAUCUGGUAUACACCUAUCAAGGAAGAGUGGUAUUAUCAAGUUGAAAUACUGAAACUGGAGGUUGGAGGCCAACCCCUUGAUUUGGACUGUAAAGAGUACAAUGCAGAUAAAGCCAUUGUAGACAGUGGCACCACUCUCCUCCGCCUGCCAGAAAAAGUCUUCAAUGCUGUUGUGGGAGCAAUUGCACGUACAUCCCUGAUCCAAGAAUUCUCAUCCGGAUUCUGGUCUGGUGCACAGCUUGCUUGCUGGGAUAAAAAUGAAAAACCUUGGACAUACUUUCCUAAGAUAUCUAUCUAUCUGAGAGAUGAAAAUUCGAGCAGAUCAUUUAGGAUCACUGUCCUUCCCCAGCUUUAUAUUCAGCCUGUUCUAGAGAUUGGUCAGAAUCUAGUCUGUUAUCGGUUUGGCAUCUCCUCUUCUUCCAAUGCUCUGGUCAUUGGUGCUACAGUGAUGGAGGGGUUCUAUGUCAUCUUUGAUAGAGCUCAAAAGAGACUGGGCUUUGCAUUAAGUCCAUGUGCUGAAGUUGAUGGUCUUCCAGUAUCUGAGAUUGAAGGUCCCUUCACAACUGCAGAUAUAGCAAGCAAUUGUGUAGCUACACUAACCUUCCAGGAACCAUUGUUGUGGAUUGUGUCAUAUGCCCUUAUGAGUUUCUGUGGACUUGUCCUCCUUGUGCUAAUUAUCUUGCUGCUCAUCCCACCUCGGUGCCGUCAUCAUUACACUGACAAUGAUGUCGUAAAUGAUGAAUCGUCCUUAGUACGGCAUAGAUGGAAAUGAAGAAUUUGAUCAAAGGACAAAGAAUCCUUGUACUCCACUUAGUAGGAUUAAGGAUGGACUAUCCCAACUGAAGGUGGAAGUUUAAGCUUCAUUCCUUUAUAAACACAAGCACCACGUUGCAUCACAGGAUGUCCUCCAGUUCUGCUGCAUCAUAAUUUGAGCUUUAUUUUCUAAUACCAUUUUUUUAACCAAAUACAUAACCACUGCAAGUGCUAUUCUGCUGUUUCUAGUCAACAUUGUUACCAACGAGCCUUUAAGCUCUUAGUACUUUUUUGAAAAAAUUCCAAUAAGGUUAAUUCCUCCACUCUUCAUCAAAGACAUAAAUAGUUAUGGUUUUGUUAAUCCAUUAAUCAAACUUCCAGUGUCAUCAGAAUGCUGAGCCAAAGGUUUGUCGAGCUUUGAAUUUAUUAGUCAUAUUUUAAAGAAAUGCAGUUUGUUGCUUGUGAACUACAUCUCAAUCAGUGGUUGGUGGAAAGGGAUGUUAGUUCUUUCUGUCAAAGGAAGCAAGUGAGACUGAAGAAAGUUUGUCUUUCAGAUGAAGGAAAGUAUCUGUUACUCUGAAUGGAUCUCUCUUUGUGAUCUAAACUCUCAGAAGAGAUGAAGUAGGGAAAAACACUGAAACCAAAACCUAUUGUGCAGCCUUAAUAUAAAACAAGACUACCUCUGAAUUUACAAGGAUGCUAUUCACAAGUAUGAUGCAGGUAGAACUGCUCUCAAAAUAGGAAAGAUCUCUUUCCAUGGAAAUACAGCACAACUGCUUAGCUCUUUUCAGCUCUCCCUUUGGACUUUUCCCCAUUUAAUGACAUUUUAAAACAUUUGACUUGACCACCCACAUUAGCAACCUGUUUUCUGAAUUCAUGCAUUCAGUAAUCUUAGGAUGGGUUCUUCAAGCCUUUGUCUGUGCAUCCUGCAAAACAGAUGGGCUAUAAGGGCAAGUGUCUCUCUUUACACCUUUUGGAGUUCUCUAAUGACUUUAAAUUGAAAUGAAAACAAUACAAGGUAAGGGGAAUCUCUUCAACUCAAAGGUGGCCCAUUUGGCAAAGGCCACUGUUGAGAAAGGCCUUUUCACGAAUGAACAGUGAUUUAGAUGGAUGGGCCCCUGAUUAACAUGCACUUUUGAAAAAGCCUACUAUUGGAGGCGUGGCAGAAAUAGGACACUCAAGGUUUAUUUGCACAUUGGUCUCAGCCCGUGCCAGCUUUCACCCACAAACACUGAAAGUAUGUGACAGCAGCAUGUCCAAGCCUGGCUUGAAACAGGCUCCUCCACCCCCCAGUAUUUUUAAUGGGGACACUUUUGUGCGAUGAGAGCCCAAUUAUGGGUAGUAGAACUGAAAAUGAAUUCCUAAAACUAAAGAUUCACUGAGAUUAAUGAAGUGAUGCUAUCUUUCAACAUUCAUUUAUCCAUAUAGUAAGCAAUUCCAUUCCGUGGGAAUCAGCAACUUGUCUAAUUAUUGUAGAGGCAAUACAGUCUCUGCUCCGUUCUUCAGAUUCAGGUAUUGCCCUGUAAAAAUGACUACGCAAAUGUGUGGGAAAUGGUAGUUUGUCAAACAGGUAAACUUUCCUUUUCACAUAAAUAAUUUUCCACAGUUUGGAUCAUGAAGUUAAAGGCUGUCACAUAUCACACUUUCAUUUCACUCAAAGAUGCUAGAUAUGUAAGCAACUUGUAUACACUUCUUAUGGCAUAGGCAACAGAGCUGUUCAACCAAUGAUGCCAAGAACAAACAAUCUGCCUUAAAAGGUUUUCAUUAGAAAAUCACAGGGAGUAACUUUCACAUCUGUAGCAUUCCAAUAAAGCUGUACAGGAAGCUUGUCUUCCAUAGUUCCUCCCUUGAGAGACACAUUUAUGUUGUGUGAUGGGAUUUUUGGUUACCUAUUCCACUCAGUGGGGACAGAAUUACCACUAAAGAUACUGAGGAUCCAUAACUGGAUAAGCGCUUCUGAAAUGCAAGCCUAUUUGUUUUUUAAUCUCCACGAAGAAAAGCACACUGUUCUGUUUAGAGGGAAACUUCAUUUUCAGUUGAUUGUGCUCUCCUGAUUCAAUCUUCUGGUUUGUAGCUAACAUUAAAAUCCAAAUCACUUUUUCUUUCUUUUCAAAGUGACAGUAGUCUCUACAGGAAGCCUCUGAUCUUGCAAUUUUACUUUAGAAUCCAUUUUAAUGUCUUUCUUUUUGCAUAAAAUCUUGAAACACAGCAAUGCAAAGCAAGCAGUAAACUGCCUUUAUGGGGAUGAACUAAACACUCUUGAAAGAUGUACUUUGAUAGUGAAAAAUGUUUUGGUAGCAGCCUGAGCAUCAUUCCCAGUGCAAUUACAUUCAUUAGAAGCCUUUCACUCCACAAUAUUUCAUAGUGGUGCCUAUUAACACUUUCAUUUUGAAUAUCAUUAGUUAAGACACUGUAAAUAUGAGUGCUUGAAUAGCAUAUAAGCCAUAAUGCAUAUAAUAAAUAUAAUAUAAUGCAUAGUUUUUGUUGAAUACCUUAUCACUAGAACGUGGAUAUUGAAAACAGUGCUGACUGACACUUGCUUGAAGCACAACUUUCAUCCAUCCAUCCUUUAAAUUUAGAUAUACAGUUGCUAGCUGUGAAGGCAGCAGUUAUUCCGCUGUUGCUCAGGCAACAGUAGCAGCAAUGGUAGCACUGAUAAAGUUCCAUUGUAAACCUGAAACACAUUAAGAAAGUGCACUUGAGCAUCUUCUGGGAAAGGUGCUGCACCAUUCAGCCUUUAUCUGUUCUCACUUACUAUUUCCCCCCCCCCCCCCCACCUACCCUGUCAUAAAAAUUUAAGGGAAAGUUUCUGUAACUAAAUUGAAAAAAAAUAAGAUCUGUUCAGUAAGAGGAGGGUUGAUUGCUUAGUUAGGGGCUGUCCAAUAAAACCUUUCAAACUAGGACACAUGCUUUGGCCACGAAACUGCUAUUCUUUAUCAUUAGUGAUCAAAUUCUGCUACAAACAUUAGUUCUUCAUUAGUAGGGAAAUUUUUAAUUUUGUUCAAGUUUAACAAACGCUUUAGGUAAUGUAGUAAUACCAAGAUAGGGCAGAUUCAAACUAGGGACCAGCAGAAGAUGGUAUCCUUUCUUAGAUGAUCUGCAGCCUCGUGGGAUGUAUUUGUUACAGAACUAUAACUUUAAGUUACAGGUGGGGCAUCAGACAUUUGAAUUUUCUUUCUUUUUUACUCCUUGCACAUUCAGAACUAGCAUGUAAAGGAGAUGUGUAUAAGGAUCCUCCCUGAUGCUUGUUCUUUAUGCGUGCACAAAGAGUUUCUGAUGCAGAUCAUUUGGACACUGGAUUUCUGCACUUGCAUACUAAACUGACUACAGGUCAAGCUCUGAGGUUGACCUUUUGGACCACUUAAUUUUGCUUGAUUGCCAAUAGAGAAAACAUGGUUCUAGAUAAAUAUUUGAUUUGCAUAUUAUCAUUGCACAAUGAACUGGGUCUUAGUGCAAAAUCAUUUGUUGGCAUCACAUCUUUAACAUUGCUUAAUGACAGCAGUCAACAAGACUGUUCAGGCAGAUCUUUCCAUAUGUAUACCAAAUGUAUGGAGGAGUGUGCCUAAGCAGAUACAGCUGUACUGAUGCAGGUCAAGGGGAAUGGGGCUAUCACCACAGCUCCCCACUCUGUGUUUGGUAUGCAUAUAGAGGGGUUAGUCCAAACAACCCUAUUGAGUGAAAUAAAACACUACAUUUCUGUCUUUUGAGUCUUCCUAAGGCUAAGAGACAUAAGCUCUCUGUUCUUGUUCCCCUAUGUCUUUUUACUUUACAAAAGUGCCAAUUUGCAGUAAACGUGACAGUUUAUUAUUACUUAUAUGGAUUGUAAGCUAGGUCAUCUUUAUAUUGCUUUGUCUAUCGGGACAACCUCACUUAUUUCUAGCCUCAAGGUCUGUAUAAAAAUAAUCUAGAAUGGCCAUCUUAGUGACCAAUUUCCAAUGUGGUAAAACUUUGCAUGUCAGAUUCCUAAUAUGCAAGUUUUAAAUGUUUAGUAUUCUAAACUUGUACCAAUUUAAAUGUGGAAGUAAAAGUAAUCUCCCUUUAAUGUUGUAACUAAUACUGGCAGUUUUAAACAUUGCUAAAACAUCAGUGACAUCCUUACAAUGCGAGUUGAAAUAUGAUUAGGUCUUUAAUCAUGGUCCAGUAACACUUUGUUUGAACAAUCAAAUGUUUCCUGCUGUCCAAGACUACUUAAAAGGUAAUUUAGAGUGUCUUACCUCUCUGAGACCUAGGUGAAAUGCAAAACAAGUUUGUGUUUUACCUCCCCCCACUCUCUCUAUAUUUUGCCAGUUGGUGGAUUCACCCCAUCUCUUUAAGGUUUACAUUUCAUAUAGACCACUAAACAAAUAGAGCAUGCAGAAAGUUUAGUUUGGUAUAAAAUGUGAAUUGAACUCUAGUCUAAUUACACUUACUCUAAACUAUAGUUUUAGUACAGUGGCAGCUGAUGCAUGAAAACUUGCAUUCACAUUUUUUAUGCCUAUAGGAAUGCCUUUUAAUAUAUUCAGACAUAAAGGUGAAGUCAUUUUCAGCUCCUUUGAUAAAGCUUUGUUGUAAAUGUACUUUCACAUGAUCAACAUAAUAUUAAACUUAGUCCUGAGAAGAUAAGCACCCUCACUCUAGUUUAAUCUGAUAAUGUGAGGGCAUGUGCACAAGAAAGCAUCACAGCAGAUCACAGCAUAGUGCAAAAGCACUAUGUGGUAACUUUUCCUUUAUGAAUUACUAUGUAAACUUGCUGAAAAAAUGAGCCGCCUUCUAAAAUUGGGGAGAGGGUGGUACUCACUGGAAUCGGCACACUAAUUCUGAAAGAGAAUGGCCAAGUUGUUUUAUGUGCUCUUCAAAGUGUAUCCAAUAUGCAACCAGACAGAAACAGAUAAUGUAUUAUCAUUACUAAUUCUGAAUUGAUAGAGACAUUGCGGUUGAGUUUCUCGUUAAUAAUGUUGUCACAAAACAUUAACAUGUCCUUUAAUCUCAUGGAAUACAUGCAACUGGCUAGCCCACAGCUAUAAAGUCCAGUUUUCCAAUAAACAUUGGGCUCGUUGGAUGAGACCAUCCCUGCCCAGUGCCUGUGCGAUUAGGAAGGGAAUGCACCAAGGGCAUGGACAUCCCAAUGCCCUCCUGGCAUGUCUCUUUAUUGUGUGUGGGGCUGUUCAUCUGAAUGGACUCAUACACUUGUUCUUUAAACAAGUAUUUGGAGUGCAUGUAGAGGGGCUAUUUGGAUUAACUCUCCCACCUCCACCCCCACCCCACUAUGUGAUAAAGGGACAUGUCAGGAGGAUAUAGAGAAGUCUGUGGAGGACAUGGCACAUCCUCUUCCUAACUGCAUGUGCAGGGAUUGUACCAGCUGAACUGGCCCCUUUAGUUGCUUUCCAAUGAUAAAGCUUUCCAUUGAAGAAAGGAAUAUUUAGCUUCAAAAUGGAGAAUAAUCACAGCUUUCAAAUUGUUCAAAUGUCUUGUUAUAUUUAGAAUGUUGUUAUAAGAUCAUCGGUAUCAGUAAAUUAUUUUAAAAUGCACCUUCUCUAAGUAGGAAUGGGAGAAUUUGCAACUAUGUCAAUGAAUUUAAGCUUAUCUGAAUACUUUGAUAUUACUAUUUUCAUGAUGUUUACAUACGUUUUGAGUGCAUUCCAGGACAGCAAGUCCUAUUAUCUUCAAUGCACCUUCAUGUGUGUACAAAAGGUAGUGUGAGUGACCUUGUCAACAAGAAAUUUGGCACAGAGAUACCUCUUUGGAGAAUUAGCAGAAGCUGAUUAGGACCAAUCUAUUCCUGCUGUUGUCCCCUCAGUAUGUGAAGUCUUGUAUCCCCAUUUUCUCCAUCUGAAAACCAUGAGCAAAUCAUCCCUUUGCUAGUCGUCCAAGGAUUGCAUACAAUUGGUAGCCCCUCUCUCUUGCUAAAGUGUACCACUUCAGGCUGCACAAGGUUGUAUAUUUAUUUCCACAUUUUAAAAAAUCCCUGCCCAUAUGAAACUAUUGUGUCAAGAAGAAUAUUUGAACCUAGCCAUCUGCCUGAUGUGUGAGUUUUGAAUAUAUUUAAAACCUAUUUAAGUAUAUUAAAAGGAGUGUUCAAUAUUUGAUCCUCCACCUACAAUCUGAAGUGGUUUAGUCCAGCAACACAGAGACCAUAUCAGCUGGAUAAUUAUGCAUUCUGCCUCUAUACAAAAUGGAAGAAUGGAUAUCUAUUGCUGUUUCCUAGCAAAUAAUUUCAUCAGUUUUUAAUAGCUUAAUGGAAAGAAUAUAAAGACUGUGUUGAGUUGAAACAACCAAGAGAUGAGGUCUGGGAAGGGGCACUAUUAGAAAUGAUCUGAUAAGCCCCCAAAUAUUUGUCAGAUCCCUUAACAGAAACAACAAAAUAUGUUGGUUUGUUGCAUCAAAGUCAAUGUUGGGACCUACCCUGUAUUUUUAUUUUUUUAAAGAAAUAGAGGCUUAAGCUACUGUCUUUAUUAAAGGAAGAGUUAUUAUAUAGAGAGGGGGAAGACCAUACUGCAAGCAAUCACUAGAAGCACUUCAACACUAAGGAAAUUAUGGCCCUUGAUACAUCAAGAAAAAGUAGGAUUAGCUAGCAGUGCCAGACAGAUGUGUACAUUUUGUUCUAAAAACAGCAAUAGAAAAUAAGAUACUUUGCUAUUCAGAAGGUCCAGUUGUGGUAGCGACCUGUCGCUUAUUGAUAUGACCACCACAUGAAGAUUAUUUUUCACUGCCUCUGUGAGGAGGCAGCCUGCUUGCCAUAUGGCUCAAAAAAACAGUGUGCUUUUGUCUUGGCAUAACCCACCAGAUGCAACCCGAUAGCAGCAUGGAGGCAAACCAGACAAUCAGAGCAAGUCCCUGUGGCAAGCUACUGCAUACAACAUGGUUUGCUACCUGUAGCAGUUGCCAUGCAGAAGUAAUUUCCUUUGGCUUCCAUGUGACAUUUGCAUUAUGUGAAGCAGCCCAGCCAUUAUCAAGAAGUUACUAGUGGUUUAGGUUGCUUAAGCUCUUUCUCCAUCAGUGUUCCCUCUAAAGGGAUGCAACAUCUGGGAAUCCCUGUUAGAGGCAACACUGAUGGAGAAAGAGCUUAAGCAACCUAAAGCACUGUAGUAGCUUCUUGUUGACUACAAUUCCCAUAAUCUCCAGCCAAAGGCCAUUGCAGCUAGGGAUGCUGGGAGUUGUAGUCAACAAAAUCUGGGAAUCCCUGUUAGAGGGAACAGUGUUCUCCAUCUCAGAACAGAACUGUGGUGGUGUUAAAUAAAAAUGAAUAUAAAUCAUACAAGGCCAACAUCUUGGGAUAUUGUAUUUAAAGUAUACUAGAAAACUUGUCAGUCAUCACUAUAUUUUUUAAAUGGUGGGGUGUGUUUUUGUACUUAAUUCCUCUGUUCUCAGAAGUGCACUAUGUAAAAAAAUAAUCUGGUUUUAAGUUAAUAAAGGAGUCUAACCUCUUCA